CACCGCCGGUGGCGGGCGCGGGUCCCGCCCUGCCGCCGCCGUGCCCGGGAGCCGCACGCGGUGCUCGGCCGCCCGCUCGCAGGUGAGCCUUUGCUCGUAAGAGCAGCUGAUGAACUGGGACCUAAUUAACACCCGAUCCGGCUGGAAAGGACCCUCACCAUCUACUGGGCUCCCUCAGGGGAAAACCCGGGACCCGGCCCUCUCCCCCUUCCCGGAGGGCGCGUCUCCCCGGCUUGCCUGUGGCAGCUGCGCAGAGGAGCCCGGCUGCUGCUGCCCAGACUCUCCGUUUCCUGACGCUGCCUCGGGCUUUGUUGCUACACUCUUACCUAGAACCCCGUGUCCACCCGACUCCCCCGAAGCUCCUGCUAAAGCUGCGGGGUUUUCUGUUACAUUUUCUGUUGCCCCCGGGUGUGCCUGCCUUUACAGUCCCAGCCGCCGCUCCGAGGUUCCUGCUGCAGCCCACUUCGCCAUCCAGCCCGCCCGCCGUUACCACAUGAGGGAGACGCGGCUGAGCUCGGGCCGCAGCGCCCCCUGCAGGCGCGGGGAUCCGCUGUGCCCGGCUGGGAGCCACCAGCGCCCCUGCCGGCUGUGACCGGAACUGCACCGAAGGGGAAAGUGCCCGACAGCCGAGAGAGGCUGCGACUGGCAUCUUGUGGAUCCAGCUCAGCUUUCUUCCUUGGAUCUGCCGCAGCUGACAGAAGUAAUACUUAUAUGGAAAUGUCAGAAGAUGAUAAUAACAUGGAAGAAUACCCCACUGAAAUUCAUGAUUAUCUCACAGCAUUUGAAAAGUCUCUUGGUUCUGUAGAUGAGAUGCUGAAGACAAUGAUGUCAGUUUCUAGGAGUGAGCUUUUGCACAAGUUAGAUCCUCUUGAGCAAGCAAAGCUGGAUCUGGUUUCGGUGUACACAUUAAAUUCUAUGUUCUGGGUAUACUUGGCUACCCAGGGAAUCAAUCCAAAGGAACAUCCAGUGAAACAAGAGCUGGAGAGAAUAAGAACAUACAUGAACAAGGUCAAAGAAAUAGCAGACAAGAAAAAGGCAUCCAAACUCGAUAAAGGAGCUGCUUCUAGAUUUGUAAAAAAUGCGCUCUGGGAACCAAAUGCAGAAAAUGAACAUACUUCCAAAACUCCCGCUAAAGGAAAGAAGAGACAAAGGAACUAAAUCUUUUUUUCCCCUCAUAAGAAUUGUGGACACCUAGAACUUACUUGGAAAUGUUUUGCAUAUUGCAUGCAUCUCAUAGAAGGGCUGUAUAACAGAUUAAUUUGUACUUACAAAUUUUACAGGAUUGUAUUUUGUCCAGAACGUUUGUCACUGCGGUGAUCACAUUUAAUGUGUAUCUAAAAGUGCCAUUUGAUGCACAUUGGACAUUUCAUUACUCACAUGAUAAUAACCUGACAUAUACUUGCUGGUAAUAAAUACUAGGGAUGUUUUGUUUAUAAUUCCUAUGAAUUCAAUUUUUUAAAUGAUUUAUUGACACUUCUUUAUAUGU